CACAGAAGAGCAGCGCAAAUACUGAAAUAAUCUCUAGAGAUGUUCUGCAGAUAUUUUUGCUUCUUCAGUCUGUGGCUUUUCCUCCCAACCCAAAGGAGGUGCUUGCUGGGUCAUGUAUCCAACCCAGGCAGCAGUGACACGACAUCCCUCCCUGGAUUUGAGAACCUCACCGUGGGAUACAACAAAUAUCUCAGGCCCUACUUUGGUGGAGAACCUGUUCAAAUCGCAAUGAGCCUGGACAUUGCCAGUAUUUCUAGUAUAUCUGAGAGUGACAUGGAUUAUACAGCUACUAUAUAUUUGCGGCAGCGCUGGACAGAUCCCCGGUUAGUCUUUCAUGGUAACAAGAGCUUCACGCUGGAUGCCCGUCUAGUGGAAUUGCUCUGGGUACCAGACACGUACAUCGUGGAGUCAAAAAGGUCCUUCCUGCAUGAUGUCACUGUGGGCAACCGCCUCAUAAGAUUGUUCUCUAACGGUACCAUCCUGUAUGCCUUAAGAAUCACUACUACUGUUGCUUGUAACAUGGACCUGUCAAAAUAUCCUAUGGACACACAAACAUGCAAACUGCAGUUAGAGAGCUGGGGAUAUGAUGAAAAUGAUGUCAUCUUUACAUGGCUGAGAGGAAACGACUCUGUCCAUGGCAUAGAAAGGCUGCGGCUCUCUCAGUACACAGUGGAACGUUACUACACCCUGGUCUCGAAGUCACAGCAGGAGACGGGCAGUUACCCACGACUGAUCCUGCAGUUUGAGCUGAGAAGAAACAUCCUUUAUUUCAUUUUGGAGACCUAUGUGCCAUCUACUCUGCUUGUCAUGUUGUCCUGGGUUUCUUUUUGGAUCACCCUGGAUUCAGUGCCUGCCCGGACCUGCAUUGGUGUAACAACAGUGCUUUCCAUGACAACUCUGAUGAUCGGCUCACGAAGUUCACUCUCAAAAACCAACUGCUUCAUUAAGGCCAUUGAUGUUUACCUUGGCAUCUGCUUCAGCUUCAUCUUUGGUGCCCUCGUGGAAUAUGCAGUGGCUCACUACAGCUCCUCACAGAAAUGUACAGCUAAAACACCUCAGGAGGGGCCUGCAAAUGAACUUACUAAAGAAAUGGAAGAAGUCAACAUCGCUAACAUCUUCAACAGCUCCAUUGCCAGCUACAAACAGAAAAUCGGUUUUACAAGUAUUCAGAUUUCAAGUGACAAUAUUAACUGCAGUGACUUGACCAUGAAAACUCAUGAGAAAAUCAAACGUGUCUUGAGAAACAAAAUGCACAGAAUUAUCGGUUAUUUCACAAUUCAGAACCCCAGCAAUGUAGACCACUACUCCAAAUUGCUUUUUCCAUUGUUUUUUAUGUUGGUCAAUGUGUUUUAUUGGGCUUAUUAUUUAUAUUUUUAG